AGCUCUUCGCCUGUGACUGAGUCACGUAGCACCCGCCCUACCCAGCCAUCGUUAUUUUUUGUUCUCCUCCUCUUCGCUUCUUUCCGCUUUCGCCCCAGCGAGGUCCACGCCGAGGCAAGGAGACGCAUAUACAUACAUAUACAUCGCUCCUCCCCCUCACAAACACACGCACGCGCGCGCGCUCGGCAUUUAAAAGUUACAUCCGCGUGUAAAUCCACUCUCGCGUUAACUAACAAUGGGAAAGCCAAAGUACCUGCAGAAGAAGAAGGCGGCCGCCGCCGCUGCUGAGGAAACUGCGCAAGACAACUCGCAAGUAAACAGCCCGACGACCUGUAACGCCAGCAGCGCCGCUAAGGAGGAGAGCGAAAUGCGCACCUCCGGUGCCAUGGUGGCCUUCGCGAACCCGGUGUACCGGCAGGGCGUGAAUGAUAUCCUGGUGGAGAAGAUCGACAUCAGCUACCAGGGCAACCAAAUUCUCGAGAACGCGACCUUGAACCUCGUCGCGGGGCACCGCUACGGUCUGGUGGGGCCGAACGGCUGCGGCAAGUCCACGCUGCUGCGGGUGCUGGGCUGCCACGAAAUCCCCUUCCCCUCGCACGUCGACCGCUACUACGUGUCGCACGAGGUGGACGCGUCGGACAUGUCAGCCCUCGACGCCGUGCUGGCGGUGGACAAGGAGCGUGAAAACCUGGAAUCGGAGAUGGAGGACCUCGCGCUGAGCGACCAGGAAGAUCCGCACGUGCUGCACCGCCUUGAUGAGAUCUACCGGCGUCUGGACGAGCUGGAAGCGGACACGGCGGCGGCCCGCGCGGGAAAGAUUCUGUUCGGUCUCGGUUUCACCAAAGAGAUGCAGCAGCGUCCCACCAAGGCGUUCUCCGGUGGUUGGCGUAUGCGCAUUUCCCUUGCUCAGGCCCUCUUCAUCAACCCCACCGUGCUGUUGCUGGACGAGCCGACGAAUCACUUAGAUAUCGAGGCCGUCGUGUGGCUCGAGAACUACCUGAGCAAUUUCAAGAAGAUCCUCUUCAUGGUGUCGCACUCGCAGGACUUCAUGAACAACGUCUGCACGGAUAUCUGCCACAUGCACCUCAAGAAACUCACCUGCUACGGCGGCAACUACGACCAGUACUGCAUCACCCGCGAGGAGAAGGAGAGCAACCAGAUGAAGAAGUUCCAGUGGGAGCAGAACCAGAUCAAGAACAUGAAGGACUACAUCGCCCGCUUCGGUCACGGCAGCGCCAAGCUGGCCCGUCAGGCGCAGUCGAAGGAGAAGACGCUCGCGAAGAUGACGCGCGGCGGCCUCACCGAGGCGGUGUCGAAGGACAGCCGCAUUAACUUCGAAUUUCCGUGCGCCGGUGCCCUGCCGCCGCCGAUGCUGCAGUUCCGCGAGGUUGCCUUCGCCUACCCAGGCUGCCCCACGCUGUUCGACGACCUCGACCUCGGGGUUAACAUGGACUCGCGUAUUUGCCUGGUGGGGCCGAACGGUGCGGGCAAGACGACGCUGACGAAGCUGAUGUGCCGCGAGCUGGAGCCGACAGCCGGCUACGUGGCGAAGAACGCGCACUGCAUCAUGGCCCGCUUCCAUCAGCACUUCGUCGACCAAAUCAACAUGGAGCUGACACCGCUGGAGUGGAUGGGGCAGGAAUACCCUGAAGUAACGGAGCCGCAGGUUCUGCGCAGCGCACUCGGCCGCUUUGGGGUAUCAGGCAAGGCGCAGAUGACGCCGAUGCAGACGCUCUCUGACGGCCAGAAGUCACGCGUUGUCUUCGCCUGGAUGGCCUUCCGCCGCCCGCACUUCAUGAUUCUCGAUGAGCCGACGAACCACUUGGAUAUCGAGUCGAUUGACGCGCUGGCAGAGGCCAUUAACGCGUUUGAGGGCGCUGUCGUGGUCGUCUCGCACGAUCUCCGCCUGCUGGCUCAGAUCGCGGAUGAGAUUUGGAUCGUGGAGAAGGGCGAGGCGAAGCGCUUCAACGGAGACAUUGCGGACUACAAGGAGCACGUACAGAAGGAGGUGCACCGCAUGACGCAGGCGUACGCGGCGAACGCUUAA